CUCAAGUUCAAGUUUGAACACCGGAGUGGGUGAGAGAGGCCACAGCUGCAGCGCACGGUAAGAAAAGACCCAGUGGACCAAAAUGGAAACAGACCCAUAUCAGAGAGAGUACGACUUCGCCGUAAAGGUGGCCAGAAAAGCCGGAGAGGUAAUCCGGGAAGCUGGGGAGCGUGAGAUCAAGGUGAGUACGAAGAGCUCGGCGGUCGACCUGGUCACCAGGACGGACGAGCGGGUGGAGAGAAUCAUCAUUGACACACUGAAGGAAGAAUUUGGAGCAGAUACUCACUGUUUCAUCGGAGAGGAGUCGGUCGCCAAGGGAAUCCCGUGUGUGCUCACAGAUAAACCCACCUGGAUCAUUGACCCGGUGGAUGGCACCACCAACUUUGUUCACGGAUUCCCAUUUGUUGCCGUGUCCAUCGCCUUUGCCGUCAACAAGGAGCUGGUGUUUGGAGUGGUCUACAGCUGCCUGGAGGACAAGAUGUACAAGGCCAGGAAGGGCAAAGGGGCUUUCUGCAACGACGAGGCCCUUGAGGUGUCCGACGUGAAAGACAUACACAAGUCCAUCAUCAUCUCUGAGCAUGGAACUGACAGGUCUAAGGAGAAGGUCACCAAGAUCUUCUCCACCAUGCAGAAGAUUCUCUGCAUCCCAGUUCACGGGCUCCGUGGUUCGGGAACUGCCGCCACCAACAUGUGCCUGGUGGCGUCGGGGGCCGUGGAGGCCUUCUUCGAGAUCGGGAUCCACUGCUGGGACAUCGCAGCGGGAGCGGUGAUAGUUCAAGAGGCAGGCGGAGUCCUGCUGGAUGUUAGCGGAGGCCAGUUCGAUUUGAUGUCUCGGAGGAUGAUUUGCGCAAACAAUGAUGAUAUUGCGAGGAGGAUCAUUAAGGAAAUAGAAAUAUUUCCCGUGGUGAGAGACGACGCGUCUCCUUAAUGCACCCAGCAUCAUUGAGGAGAAUACAGCACUCUCUUCUCCACCUGCUGUGUCUUCACUGAAUAAACUACUAAAA